AUGGCCUUCCAACAACCUACCCGCCGGCUGUCUCAGCAGCGCGCCGUCCGCCCGGUGCAAGAGGAUGAGCGGGACGCUCCCCAGGUCCACCAAGACGCUGCCGCGACCGAUGCCUCCCACUCCUGGGUGCUCUUCGAGCCCACCGAUGACACAACAACAGCUUCUUACCUCAGUGAAGAGGAGGAGGAAUCAUUACCUACUCCCGGAAGAUCGAGGCUUAGUGACAUAGGUAGCCUCAACACGUUUUUACACUCUGCUCGGGACACCGACUCGCGCCAGUCGGGCGUUCUGUCCAGCGCCGUCGACGAGGAGUCUGUCGAGGACGACCCCGAGCUCGACAGCCUCGACAGCCACCUACCUGAAUUUCGGACAGUACCUAGUCUAUACACUCAGUCUGCCGGUGCCGCAGUGGGCCAGAAUGUCCCUGUACUACCCGCCCACGAUGGCCUGGGUUCUUUCCGGCUUGACAGUCCUGAGGUCCAGGAGCAGCUCUAUGCCUUUGAGAGGUUCAAUCCUAACCACCUGCGGAGGCGGCGUGAGAGUCUCGAGCUGGCCCAGCUUGAGAUGGAGGUCGAGCAGGAGCAAGAGAGCCACAAGAUGCAGAGAAUCGAAGCUUGGCGUCUAGAACAAAGUCGCAUCCUCUUGCAAGAGAUCAGCAAGGAAACCAGACGCCGCCGCCAGUCUAUGGUGUCUGCAAAGCCGACAAUGACAACAGAAGAGAAGCAGGCGGAGGAUGUCGCAACAUUAAGUGUGAUUGGAAAUGAAGACGAUGCUGACAGCAUGGACUGGCACUAUGAAUCGACUGACACCAAGGAAGACGACGGCGGUGUCCUCGCCAAGAUUGCCCGCAAGGUUCUGCACGAGUUGGGCAUCGAUGAGAGAAUGCUUUCCAUUCUCCUUGGAGAGGAGCUCCCGACUGAUGAGGACCUUUCAACAACGCCCAAGACAAGCGCAGAUCUUUCUGCCACACCUACACCGAACUCUGACUCAUCGUGGCAAUUCCGAGCUCUCGAGCGCGUGUCCAAAGAGCUUGGUCUGCUGGUGAAUCAGGUGUCACCUCAUCCAGGGGCCUUCUCAACGUACACUCGCAUGCAGCAGAUGCCGAUCCCCUACGCCGGACUACCAGUCAUCCCAGAGUCGGCUGCUGAUACGCCAAUUGCUCCCGUACGGGAAGCGUCGACAGCAAUGCCUGAAUUCCGACCAACAAUGGUUCAGCAUGCGCGCCCUAUCGACAUCCCCACUGUGCGGCCCCAGUCGGAUGCUCCCGUGCCUGUGACUCGAGAUGAGUCAACUCCUCUGCCCACAUCUUUCACCCAAGAGGAGUGGGAGCAAGACUUGGACGUCAACCUCGUCUUCAGAUAUCUGCGGUCUCGUUUUAGCUCACGGUCUACACCGUCGUCGGCUUUCACAACUGGCCGCGCGGGUGCGUCAGCAUCACCCGCUCGUAUCCCGAGCACGACCGGCAGAGCGGAGGACAUUCAAGGCGACGACGCCGUCGAGUCCAGCCGCCAUGCGGCACGCGUCUAG